CGUUCAGCAAGCGGUGGCCAUGGGACAGGGGCCAGCGGCGGCGGCGGCGGCAGCGGGUGGGAGCCGACGGUGGCGACGGGAGGGCGGGCAGGCGAGGGGCCGGAUCCCCUAGUGGGAGGACGAGGGGAACGGCUGCGAGCGGGAGCCGGCGGCGGACCUCACUCCCGGGGAAGACGCUGCUCCGGUGACGCCACCAUGAGCCGAUGGUGGGGAGCAAGCAGGCAUCAAGGGAGGAAGAUGGAGGGCAGGAUGGCAAGCUCGAGCUCACCGAUUCCAAUCCCCUCUCUCUCGCCUCCGUCUUCUCACCAGCGGUCUCCUCCCCUUACUCCCCGUCUCCUUGCUCAUGCUUGCGGGAGGAAGGUGAUGAAAGCCAUAAGCCUGAAAGGCGUGCUGAGGACUGAGAUCAACCCGUCGCUCGACAAGGUGACCGUCGUCGGUGACGUGGACAGCAGGGUGCUCGUCCAGAAGCUCUCGAAGGUCGGCAAGAUCGCCGAGGUGAUGGCGCCGCCGCCGCCGUCACCGGCUGCGCCUUCGGAAGAAGGCAAGAAGAGCAACAGCAAUGGCGGCGAGAAGCCGACCUCGCCGGCGGACGAGAAGAGCGCGCGCAAAGACGAAGGCAAGGACGGCAAAGGCAACAAGUCGCCAGCGACGGCGGCGGCGUGCAAGCAGGAAUGCAGCAAGUGCACGGCCAGGAAGGAAGCCGCCACACGCGCCGACGAGGCUGGCCGCGCCGGUGGGAAGACGGCAUCGUCCAAAGACGCCACCACCAAGAGCAGCGGCGACGGCGACAAAUCUGAACCAGCGGCGGUGGCAGUGGAGUACCAGUACCACCACCACUACAACUGGGCGGAGCCGGCCAUGGUGGUGCCGGUUCACCUCCCGUACUUCGCAGCGAAUGCGACGCCGUACUACGCCGGAGGCUACUACCCGAUGCCGCCGCCGAUGUCGGUGCUCCGUCACCCUUCUUAGCUCCGGCCACAGCCGUCACGCUUCGACGAGGACAACACCGCCGCCGGCUCCUGCCCGUCGCUGGCCCCCGUCCGCCGCUGGCCCUCGUCCCACGGCUGCCGCUCGCCCGAAGGUUGAUGAAGAGAAAGAGAGAGAAGGGGAGGAUGAAGAGAGGAUGAUUUAUGUGGGCCCCACAGGUCAGUGGGUCCCACCCAUACUUUUGGUGAAUGAUAAAUGGGUCCCACAUUUAUUUUUUUUUA